ACAGCUUACAGUGCAAAUGAUGCAGAAUCCACGGAUUUUGGCAGCGUUACAGGAGCGACUUGAUGGGCUUGUAGGAAACCCAUCUGGUUAUAUAGAAAGCUUGCCUAAAAUUGUGAAGAAGCGCGUAAAUGCUUUAAAGAACCUCCAGGUGAAAUGUGCGCAUAUAGAAGCUAAGUUCUAUGCAGAGGUUCAUGAAUUGCAACGAAAGUAUGCUGCUCUCUACCAACCCCAUUUUGACAAGCGGAGUGACAUUAUCAAUGCUGUCUUUGAGCCCACAGAGGAUGAAUGCAAAUGGCAAGGAGAUGAGGAGGAAGAGUUAUCAGAUGAAGUGAAAGAAAAGGUUAAAGUGGAGGAAGAGAAAAAAGAUGAAGAAAAAGAGGAACCAAAGGGAAUUCCAGAAUUUUGGCUGACAGUCUUCAAGAAUGUUGAUUUGCUCAGUGACAUGAUACAGGAACAUGAUGAACCUAUCUUAAAGCAUUUGAAAGACUUGAAGGUGAAAUUUUCAGACCCAGAACAGCCAAUGAGUUUUACUUUGGAAUUUAAAUUUGAGCCAAAUGAAUAUUUCACAAAUGAAAUACUCACAAAGACGUACAAAAUGAGGUCACAGCCUGAUGAGUCAGACCCUUUCUCUUUUGAUGGACCAGAAAUUAUGGGAUGCACAGGAUGCCAGAUUGACUGGAAGAAGGGAAAGAACAUCACAAUGAAAACCAUUAAAAAGAAACAGAAGCAUAAGGGUCGUGGCACUGUUAGAACUGUUACAAAGACUGUCCCAAAUGACUCUUUCUUCAAUUUCUUUUCACCCCCUGAAGUUCCAGAGAAUGGAGAGCUGGACGAAGAUUCAGAGGCAAUACUUGCUGCUGACUUUGAAAUUGGUCAUUUCUUGCAUGAACGCAUCAUUCCACGGGCAGUGUUGUACUUCACAGGAGAAGCUAUUGAAGAUGACGAUGAUGAUUACGAUGAGGAGGGUGAAGAGGCAGAUGAUGAGGAAGGGGAGGAAGAAGCAGAUGAAGAAAAUGACCCUGAUUAUGACCCCAAGGUUUAAAUGAUGGCUAGAAAUUACCCUACCCCUGGUAGUAUCUGCUUAAUUGAUCACGGUCACUGAAAACAAUAUUUCACUCAGUCGACUGGAAACUCACAGCUGUAAAUCAAGCACUUGAGGCUCCUCUCUAAACUUUUUGAGUUUGUUGUUUGUCAUUUAUCACCAUCCUCAGCUUUGCAUUGCCAUGUAAGUUAUCCUGGUUAACUACUUUAACAGUAAUCUAAAUUUUAAGCAUCAGUUGGUGAUUUCCAAGUUCAGAAUUGUGUUGCAUGGUUUAAAAAAAUGAUUUGCUGACUUGCAAAUUAGAAUCUUGUAAUUGAUAGCAAUGGCUUGUUGAGUAUUAGAUCCCAGAUCGGAUCAUUAAAUAUAUGUUGCAAUCUGA